UGCAGUCAUGGCGUGUUUCCGUUAUCUUUCAACUUCCCUUUUCCUGUUGACGGUCCUUUGGGAAGCAUCAGCCCAAGACUGCCAAAUAAACCCCUUCCAGGAAAACGCGCCUUUGCUGGUACACCCCGAGAACACCACGAUAAUUUACCCCGACCACGGCAACAAAUACAUCACCCUGAAAGCGGGACAAUCAGUGAAGUUCGCCUGUCCCCAAAGCCGAGUAAACCUAGGAGGCGACAAAUCGAUCCCCAAUCAAGUAACGGCCGUUUGCGUGUCGGACACGCAGUUCAAAGUAAACGGAGCAACAGCCGAUUGGAACUCCGUGUCCUGCGACAGCGAACCCGUACCCACCGGCAGAUUGUCGAGCUCGAGUUGCGCCAAAAACGCCCGAUUGGGCGACAUCGGCUUCCCGCUGGGCGCCGACGAAUUCCUCAAAAUCAUCACCAUUUGCUUCGACACCGUCCAGCAAACCGCAUUAUACAGCUACUACGACCUGACGCGAGCCAUAGGCUCCCGCGGCAAGUCGCCCCGUCGCCCCCAAUUCGCCGAAGACCGGGCAUUCUACAAGCUAAACGGCCGAACCGUCAACCAAUUGUACCUGAGAAAGACGCAGAGGAAGACCGUCAACGAAUUGCUCGGCUUGGACGACUACGAUACGAGGUACAUCAAAAACGGGGAGCUGUACUUCCUGGCAAGGGGCCACCUGACGGCGUACGCGGAUUUCAUCUAUCCGGCGCUGCAGAAGGCCACUUGCAGGUACAUCAACGCGGCGCCGCAAUGGCAGACCUUCAACGGGUACAACUGGGAGCGGGCCGAGUCGGAUACGAGGAAUUUCGCCGAUAGCAGGAACGUCGAUUUGAAAGUUUGGACCGGUACUUACGGUGUAACAACAUUACCGAGCGAGGAGACUGAUGAGGAUAUAAAGUUGUAUUUGUACAGCAGCGGCAGCGAACGAGGCAUUCCCGUUCCGGCGAUUUACUGGAAACUCGUCUACGAGCCGAUAACCAAGCGAGCUAUCGUUUUGAUAGGGGUGAACAAUCCGUACGAAACCGAGUUUUCGAAGUACGUUAUUUGUCCGGACGUUUCCAGGAACGUCGAUUGGCUGGAUUGGAGGGCGACCGAUCUGAAAGAUGGAUAUUCCUACGCUUGUACUCUUUCUACCUUUAGAAAAGUCGUUACUUACGCUCCGAACCUCCAGGUUACCGGUUUAUUAGAGUAAAAUGAUGUUUUUGUAUAUGUCACG